GGGGCACAUCGGCCACAGCAGAUUCAUGUUCAUACCCACGUCCAUGGAUGCUCAAGUGCGACCAGACAGACCACUCCUGGCCCCAGAUGGUUCGCUAUCGUUCCAGCCAGCGUGCACCUUGACCUUGACCAUCCAUCGGGGCCCCUCAUAAAUGUCAGCACCAUCGGACGAGUGAUUUUUUGGAAACUGACUUGUCUCUCGCCGAUGAAGCCAGUCGCGUGAAACCCGAGCCAAGAUCCCCGCGGGCAUUCCGUUUGUUCAGAAAUAGAACUGCGUGCCCCCCCUCAACAACUCUUGUUGUGCAUUUAUAUGCGCGUCUAUCUGGUCAGUCGAUCAACCGGCUCAGUUGAUUUAUUCCACAGAACCUACCUUCCUAGCCUGCAUACCACGGCAGCAGCUCCAGCUGUAGCUCCAACUCCAGCCGCGGGGUCGCCAGCUCCUCAACGCUUCUUUGCGCUUCGGUCGUCUUCCCCCAACCAAGGCGUGACUUUAUCUGUUCUCACCUGAUAGAUCACGUCCAACAUAAUCCACCAGAACCCACGGUUCUGUUCAUAGUCCCCAAGCCGCACAUUCGCUCCCUUGUCCCACUCUACCCCGCCCACACAUCACAAUGGAGACAGUCAACGAGUAUGCCAAGCAGGACCUGUCCAAGCUGGGCAGGGAAGACCAGACACUGCUGCUGUUCGCGCGGUUGAUGGAGGGCGGCCAGGAGGACGACGAUACCGUCAAGGACCUUGACUCGCUCACCAAGCUCCUACACGACGACCCCGAGGCCAGGAAGAAGGACAAGUCGAUAUGCGACGUCAUCGAUAGCGACUGCUUCGACACAAUCCUCUGCUACCUCGACAUGCGACAGCCCGAUAUCGUCCGCGGCCAUGCCACCCUCACUGCCUCCGCCUACCUCAAAGCCUCCGGCGCCGAUGGCUCCAAGCAGCUGCGCGACUUCUUCCAGGACCGCGUCAAGCGGGGCACCUACGACGACUACAUCGUCGCCUUCUGCGUCGCCGCCGCCAUCUUCCCCAUCGUCCCCGACCUCAUUACCGAGCUGUUCCUCAGCGAGGGCUUCCUGCCCAGCCUCGGACCGCUCAUGCGCCGGAAGUGGAAGAGCCGGAAGGUCGAGACGGCGUGUCUGGAAAUGUUGAACGCGGCGUGCAUGAACCAGCAGUGCCGCGAGGCCGUCCAGAAAUACUGUGUGGAGUGGCUGGAGGAGGUUGUCGACCAGGACCCUGAUGAGGCUGUCAAGUCCAUGUACGUCCGCGGCGGCCACGGCUCACAUGGCGACGAAGGCUCCGUCUCCAUGCGAAGGCACUCCGAAAACGUCCAGCAUCUGGCUGCUGUUAUACUUGCCAAGUUAAGGGCAAUACAACCUGCCCGCGCACCGGAUGGCCAGGGCGGAGACACGGAGCGAGUACAACAGGCCAGCACCACAAUCGAGGAACUGUCCAAGAUGUUCACCGACAUGUUGGUCAAGGACCCAGAACACGCGCGUAAUAACUCGAUCGAGGGGCUGGCCUAUGCGUCGCUACGGUCAAACGUCAAGGAAGACCUGUCCAAGAAUAAGGAAUUCUUGAAGCAGCUCGUCAAGACACUGGAAAAUGCGCAACCAAAGUCACCACUCACAUAUGGGGCGUUGACUAUACUGGUUAACCUCACUCGAUUCCAGCCCAACAAGUCUGAGGAGGAGAAGAAGAUGGACCAGCUGAAGGCAUACGCUAACGCGGCUGGGAAGAUCGCGCCCGAUCCCCUCAACGACAACGAGCACGUCACGGCCCGAUGCAAAGCGGUCUUCGAGGCAGGCGUCACGCCCGUCUUGGUAACACACAGCAAGAACGGCUCCGUAGCGUCGCUGACCCUAAUUAUUACAAUCAUCAACUCUCUCUCCCAGAUAACCAGCAUCCGCGGUCUACUGGCUCAGCAGGGCGCCGUCCGGCUCCUCAUAGCAGCUUGGAAUGCCCUUCCUUCUUCCGAGGCUCAGCCAAAACGCGUGGCCGCCCAAGCUCUCGCCCGCAUACUCAUAUCUACCAACCCUGCCCUGGUAUUCGGCGGCACGAGGCCCACACCACAGAGCGCAGCCAUCCGCCCACUAGUAUCCAUCAUCACACCAGACCAGGACGCCGAGACACGUGAUCUCCUACCGACCUUUGAAUCCCUCAUGGCCUUGACCAACUUGGCGUCCACUGACGAUGACACGCGCGCGGCCAUCGUGCGCCAGGCCUGGCCCGAGCUGGAGGAACAGCUGCUGUCGACCAACGCACUGGUGACUAAGGCAGCAGUCGAGCUGGUGUGCAACCUCGUGCAGUGUGUGGAAGCGAUCGCGCUGUACGCGGAUGGGACAGCCAAGGCGCGCGACAGGCUACACAUCCUCCUCGCACUGGCGGACGCCGAGGAUGAGGGCACAAGAAGCGGGGCGGGCGGCGCGCUGGCCACGCUCGUGGGCGUCGAAGAGGUUGUCACGGCCCUCCUAGCGCGCGAGCGCGGUGUGCGCAACAUUCUGGGCCUGUGCGCCGAUGAGUCCAGCGAGGAUAUCCGUCACCGGGGGGUGUUUGUCGUGUACAGCCUCGUCACCAUGGACAGCGAUGUCGGGGCCCGCGCGAGGGCCAAGAUCCGCGAUGAGGGCGGCGUUGAUGUCCUCCGCGAUUGUGCGCGCCGUACGCGGAGGCCUGAGGUGCUGGACUUGGCCGUGCAGGCGUUGAAGCUGAUUAUGGAGGAGAACUAGGCCCUUUGUGUUUCACUUUCGGUGGGGUUGGGGUGUUACGAUGCAUACAUCUUGUGAGCGUGUUUGAUUAUUCCAAAACUGGUGCGUUAGAUGACUUCAUGAUCCGUAUGUGUGGUUUUACUUUCUGGGAUUACCGGUUUAGCUGGAGUCGGUACUCAUUUUGCCUUUCCAAGGCCUCCCACGUGGAUCAUAUGUGAGCUUUUGCAAGACUUUUGGAAGAGUUUGGGGAGAUUGGCUUUCUGAGAUGCCAGGUAUCAGCCAAUGAAUCGAGCAUCCUCCAGGA